AUGGGCACUGCAAAACAACGCACACCCUGCGGCGGCAAAUUGAGUGGCGCAGACCAGCUGCAUGCCUUGCAGCCCUGUGCAUCCCGCUUCCCCCUUGCCCUGUUUUGGCGCAGCAUACUGUUAACCUUGUUUCUUGCCCGCCAUGCCGCCUCUGCUCGCCUGCACCAAGACGGGGUCCUAGGCCUCGCCUCAAACAUCGACCAGUCGAUCGGAUCGCUUCUGUGCAGCAACGACAGCCGCAGCACUCGAUGCUUCAUCUCUCCUUCCCACUCUACCAUCGUCCUCGUUGAUGGUCAUGCCUCCUCAUCCGCAAAUCCGAGCGCCGCAGCUCGUGUGACCCCACUCUGGACGUACCUACUCGUAUCGACGUCGACGUUGACGCUUCAGCCUGGCCUUCUGCCCACCUGGCUCGACCGACCGGAUUGGAUCCACAGCCCGCACUCGGUCUCCUGGAUACUGCUUCCGCUCGUCGCCAUCGUUCGGCCCCUCGACGGCGUGUGA